UCGCUCUAGCCGUCGCUCUCCCACAUUUACUGAACAGCAUUUGAGUAGAGACUACCACUAGUUUGUGGAGAACGAGGAAUCCAUAUUCCUGUAGCGCGUGUUUUAAGAAGGAAGUAGUGAGUGAACAAAGUUGAAAUAAAACGAAUUCUUUUGGUGAAAAAUCGAAUAUUUGAUCUGAAAAAGCAGAGAUGGCAGCCAAAGCACCAGCAGUCGGUAUUGAUUUGGGUACCACAUACAGUUGUGUGGGAGUGUUCCAGCAUGGCAAGGUGGAAAUCAUUGCCAACGAUCAGGGUAACCGGACGACCCCAUCAUAUGUGGCGUUCACCGAUACUGAGCGUUUGAUCGGCGAUGCCGCCAAGAAUCAGGUUGCCAUGAACCCAUGCAACACCAUUUUCGAUGCUAAGCGUUUGAUUGGUCGUAAAUUCGAUGAUCCAGCUAUCCAAGCUGACAUGAAGCACUGGCCAUUCACAGUCAUAUCUGUCGAGAGCAAACCUAAGAUCCAGGUCGAAUACAAGGGCGAAACAAAGAAUUUCUUUCCAGAGGAAAUCAGUUCAAUGGUACUGACCAAGAUGAAGGAAACCGCCGAAGCCUAUCUCGGCAAGACGGUUACCAAUGCCGUGGUCACGGUGCCUGCAUAUUUCAACGACUCGCAACGUCAGGCUACCAAGGAUGCCGGUACUAUUGCCGGCUUGAACGUGUUGCGUAUUAUUAACGAACCCACUGCCGCUGCCAUUGCCUAUGGUUUGGACAAAAAGACCGCUGGCGAACGUAACGUGCUGAUUUUCGAUCUUGGCGGCGGUACUUUCGAUGUCUCUAUUCUGUCGAUCGAUGACGGUAUUUUCGAGGUCAAAUCCACCGCUGGUGAUACCCAUCUCGGUGGUGAAGAUUUUGAUAACCGUCUGGUAAAUCACUUCGCUACUGAGUUCAAGCGCAAGCAUAAGAAGGAUUUGUCGACGAACAAGCGCGCUCUUCGUCGUCUGCGCACUGCUUGCGAACGAGCGAAGCGUACCCUGUCCUCGUCUACUCAGGCCAGUAUCGAAAUCGACUCGCUGUUCGAGGGUACAGAUUUCUAUACUUCGAUCACCCGUGCCCGUUUCGAGGAACUGAACGCUGAUCUGUUCCGUUCUACGAUGGACCCCGUCGAGAAAGCCAUCCGUGAUGCUAAGAUGGAUAAGGCUAGCAUCCACGAUAUUGUUCUCGUCGGAGGAUCGACACGUAUUCCGAAGGUGCAGAAGCUUCUGCAGGACUUCUUCAACGGCAAGGAACUGAACAAGUCUAUCAAUCCUGAUGAGGCUGUUGCUUAUGGUGCUGCUGUUCAGGCCGCCAUUUUGCAUGGAGAUAAGUCUGAAGAGGUGCAGGAUCUGCUGCUGCUCGACGUUACUCCACUGUCGCUUGGUAUUGAAACUGCCGGAGGUGUUAUGAGCGUGUUGAUCAAGCGUAACACCACUAUCCCAACAAAGCAGACCCAAACCUUCACCACAUACUCGGAUAACCAGCCCGGUGUGUUGAUCCAGGUAUUCGAAGGUGAACGUGCCAUGACCAAGGAUAACAAUCUUCUCGGAAAAUUUGAACUGUCCGGAAUCCCGCCGGCCCCACGUGGUGUUCCACAGAUCGAAGUCACCUUCGAUAUCGAUGCCAACGGUAUACUGAACGUCACUGCCCUGGAGAAGUCCACCAACAAGGAGAACAAGAUCACCAUUACCAACGACAAGGGUCGUCUCAGCAAGGAGGACAUUGAACGCAUGGUUAACGAAGCCGAGAAGUACCGUUCGGAAGAUGAGAAGCAGAAGGAGACCAUUUCUGCCAAGAAUGCUCUGGAGUCUUAUUGUUUCAACAUGAAGGCUACCAUGGAGGAUGAUAAGCUGAAGGACAAAAUCACAGACAGCGAUAAGACUCUAAUCAUGGACAAAUGCAAUGACACCAUCAAAUGGCUCGAUGCCAACCAGUUGGCCGACAAGGAGGAGUACGAGCACCGCCAGAAGGAGCUGGAAUCCGUCUGCAGUCCGAUCAUCACCAAGCUGUAUCAGGGUGCUGGUGGCGUGCCGGGUGGUAUGCCAGGUUUCCCAGGUGGUGCCCCGGGAGCUGGCGCAGGUGCCGGUGCUGCUCCAGGCGCCGGUUCCGGAUCCGGACCAACCAUCGAGGAAGUUGAUUAAAUGUUGCAGUCAAUCCGACCCUCGCAUGAGCUACCGCCGUCAUGCAAUCCAAAAAGCCCUGUUGUGGCUUGAGAAGAACACUUUUCUUGUUUUUGUUGGUUUAAUUUGUUCCUCUCUUUGAAAACUACAAACAUGUGCCACAAAGAUGACUGCUAGAAGGUAACAAUUGGCCUUCAAAAAAUGGAAUAAAAUAAACUAGCGAAAGCGAUUUAAGAAUAUGAAA